UGUUUCCGCUGGCGGGUUCCUACCAGCCAAGCUGCUUACUGUCAGUCAGUGGUCGCGUUGCGAAGCUAUCGUAUCUUCAUGGCGCAAAAUAAGCCAUGUUGAGUGGGUAAUUACUGUAUUCUAGCCUCUUAGUAUUAAACACGUGUCGAUGUUGCGUGACGUACAACUUUACGCGGGUUUAUUUUGAUCUAUCAGUGAUCUAAAACUAGUGUUAUUGGAUAGUCGGCCACAUAAUAGACAAAUCAACCACUAAGAAGGAUUGGCAAGAAGAGCGGAUUAUCUUGUGUCAGCAGUAAUUCACAGGUGUCUCAUUUUGGUGUAAUGAACAGACAGACGGUGAUACAACUUUGAUCAUGCUAUUAGUGCCAUUUUUUGAUUAGCACAAUUGUGGAUUUCCUAAGAGGAUACCUAUUCUGCUCGUGUUGUGGACGUUCCUUCAUGGGUACAGAAAAACGUGGUCAAUCUUUUCAACGAGUCCUGUUGCUCAGUGUGAUGGCAUGGAGCCAAAUGAAAAUGCGGCUCUUAGUGGUUUUAAUGGCUGCGUGCUUUAUGCCAACUACGCUUGCAAUCUAUGGCAUGGACGGAAGCCGACCCUUAUUUGAUAUUCCGAUUUUACCUGCACUUAUCCCAUUUUCAGCAUUUAUUUUUGUACGUUUUGGUGAGCAAGUAGUACCUUUUCAAGCUAAACAGCUGCAUGUUGAGUACGACUAUAUAGUGGUGGGUGGCGGUUCUGCUGGAGCUGCUUUGGCAAAUCGCUUAUCUGAGGAUCAGAGCGCCUCCGUGCUUCUCGUCGAGGCCGGUGGCAUAGAAAACGAGGUAUCAGACAUUCCUUUGAUUGCCGCGACGCUCCAGUUGUCACCACUUGAUUGGCAGUACGUUACUGAACCACAGGACGCCUCUUGCUUCGGCUUCAGCGACCGUCGGAGCCUGUGGCCACGAGGUAAAGUCUUGGGUGGUUCAAGUGUACUCAACUAUAUGCUGUAUGUUCGUGCAAGUCCUCAUGACUAUGAUACUUGGUCACAUUAUGGAAACUAUGGUUGGAGUUGGAAAGAGGUCUUCCCAUACUUCUUAAAAUCGGAGGACAAUCGAGACCCAGUCUUCCUUAAAAACGGUUAUCACGCGACAGGUGGCUAUAUGACAGUCUCCACUCCACCUUACUCCACUCCCUUGGGCAGAGCGUUUAUUCAAGCCGGCAUCCAGAUGGGGUAUCCUAAUGUCGAUGUAAACGGGCCUACAAUGUCCGGUUUUAUGAUUCCUCAGGGGACUAUUCGAAGAGGUGCACGUUGUAGCACCAGUAAAGCUUUUAUGAAACCUGUUCGACACCGCAAAAAUCUCCACAUCACUCUCUAUUCGCUCGCAACAAAGAUUCAUUUUGAUCUGCACAAGCGAGCCCGCGCCGUUCAAUUCGAGCGAUUCAAAGUGCCACACAUUGCAUAUGCCCGACGCGAGAUCAUUCUUUCCGCCGGGGCUAUCAACUCACCACAACUGCUUAUGCUUUCAGGAAUCGGACCAGCUCACCAUCUAUCACAUUUAGGGAUAAAGGUUAUAGCUGAUCUUCCAGUCGGUCAAAAUCUCCAGGAUCAUAUUUAUACAGGAGGAUUAAAUUUUCAUGUCAAGGGUUCUUCUUCUGUCACUCAUGAACGCGCGUUUACGCUUAAAAACGUAAUGACUUUCCUUACGGUUGGCAAGGGUCCGCUAUCUUUGCUUGGUGGAGUGGAAGGUAUUGCUUUCAUCAACACCAAGUUCGCGAAUACUUCGAUCGAUUACCCAGAUAUCGAAAUCCACUACUUGACAGGUGCUCCUACUGCUGAUGGCGGUCAGGUAUUUAGGAGGGCACAAGGAUUUGCAGAUGAGGUAAGACUGCUUAAAACCAUAUUCCUUUAAAUGUUUAUCAUUCACCGUAUGUGCACGUAUU